AUCUUGUGUACUAAAUAUUUUUUUGAUAAUCAUAAAAAUGAGAUCAUUUUAAAGGUUGAAUUCCUAACUUUAAACUGAUACCAAAUUCAUUAAAAUCAAGCCAGUAUUUAAGAAGUUAUCUUGGAUUAAGUGAAGGAAUAACGAAAAAGACGUGUUUCAAUUGCUUGAUACGUCGCGAGUUGCGGCCUACUGACCCCUAUAAAAGCACCUGUUAUCGGAUUUUCUUUAUCAGUCGACUUUCACACGUUGACUGGUACAUAUCUCGGCUACUUUUGACCCUUUACCUUGUACGACAAUUGGGACAACACCUACAGAAGUAGCACAAAUCGUAGCCCUAUUGCAAGAAGAGCUCAGCCAGCGGAUUGUCGCUCGUCGGCUCCAAAUAAGCCAUUCCUGUGUUUCAAAAGUUUGCAAGCGCUUUCAAGAGACUGGUAGCUUUAUCCCGAGACCAAGAUCUGGACGGCGCCGGGGCACAUCGGAGAGGAAUGACCGUUUUAUCGUGUUAACCUCUCUCCGAAAUCGGCAUUAACCUGGUGUCGACGUCCAACAGGAGCUCCGAGAUGUUCGUAGGGUAGCAGCUAGCAAGUAGACAGUUCGUCGACGACUCAAGCAAGCGAAUCUGACUCCAAAAAGGCCUGUCACAGGCCCGAAACUCACGGUAGCUCAUCGACAAGCACGCCUUCAAUUUGCUCGUACCAAUCUUAAUUGAGAGGUUGAGCAAUGGAGGCAAAUCCUGUUCUCCGACGAGAGCAGGAUGUGUUUGCAUGGUAGCGACCGAAGAGGUUGGGUCUACAGGCGGCCUGGGGAGCGAUUUGCGCAGUGCUGUUUCGCUGAAACAGUGGCUUAUGGGGUCGGCUCUUGUAUGAUGUGGGCCGGCAUUUCCUUCGACGGUAAAACCGAGCUUGUUUUCGUGCCUGGCGGGGGACGAGGAGGCGGUCAACUUCGGACGGGUACAUUUCCAAUAUUCUGCUGGAACAUGUCGUUCCCUAUGCGGGAUAUGCCGGUGAUAGCUUCCUCCUUAAGCACGAUAACGCUCGUUGUCACACUGCCCGUGGAACAACUGAAUACUUCGAAGAAGUCUAUAUCGCCACAUUGGACUGGCCUGCGCUCAGCCCUGACUUGAAUCCUAUUCAGCACGUGUGGGAUGAACUGAAGAAUAGGGUUCGUUCCAGAACUUCUGCUCCUUCAUGCCUGAAUGAGCUGAAAUCGGCGUUGAUUGAGAAGUGGGAAGGUAUCCCACAAGAAUCAAUUCAAAAGCUGAUCAGGUCUAUGAAGAAUCGUCUUCGAGGAGUUAUUAGGGCAAGGGAAGGGAACACAAAGUACUGACAUUUAAUUUUAAGGCUAAAUAAAAUUUUUAUUUAUUAAUUUUUGUUGUUUUAUGCAUUCAUUAUUUUUCCAUAUUUCCUUUGUUUCCUAC